AUGUUCGGCCUCAAGUCUGUCGUGGCUGCUGCCCUUGUUGGCAAGGCCUUCGCGGCCAUCAACACUACCCUCUUGACCGACAUCAACGUCAUCUCGCAAUACUGGGGUCAGAUCUCCCCUUACCGUGACAACGACGACAACUACUUCGAUGUCCAGGAUGUCGGUCUUCCACACGGCUGCCAGAUCGAACAAGCCCACACCCUCCAACGCCACGCCCAACGUUUCCCCACCAGCAGCUUCGACGAUGGGAUCAACGACGAGAACUUCGCAGCCAAGGUCAAGAACUUCACCUCCGCCAAUCCCAACGCCAAGUUCACCGGUCCCCUAGCCUUCUUGAACACCUACCGCUACAUCAUGGGCGAAAGCUACCUGACCAACAUCGGCGCCACCACCGAGUUCCAAUCCGGCGCCACCUUCUGGAACCGCUACGGCCGAACCCUCUACAACGCCACCGUCGGCCAAACCCAAUACAACGCCUCCUACCCCAACGGCACCGCGCGCCCCAAACCUGUCCUGCGCACAACAGGCCAACCCCGAAUCGAAAACUCACAAAUCUCCUGGGCCCUCGGCUUCUUCGGCCCCUCCUUCUACCCGACCCCGGACCCAACCCUCGCCUCCUUCACCAACACCUCCCUCUUCGACGUCGUCAUCAUCCCGGAAGGCGGCACCGAAAACAAUACCCUCGCCUCCUACGACAGCUGCUUCGAAGACGACCUCCAGAGCUCCGACCUCGGCGACCUCGACCUCCUCUUCCAAUACGUGCCCCUCUACAUCACCCCCGCCACCGCCCGCCUGAACGCCUACGUACCCGCGGGGUUCAAAUUCAAUAACAAUGAUACCUACGCCAUGCAAUCCAUCUGCGCCUACGAGAAUGGAUAUAUCGGCCAAUCCGACUUCUGCUCCCUCUUCACCGAAGCCGAAUGGCAGGGUUUCGAACAGACACUGGAUAUAGAGUAUUACUACGACUACUCUUUCGGGUCGCCCACCGGUCGCGCCCAGGGGUUGGGAUACCAGCAGGAACUCCUCGCCCGGCUGACGAAUCAAUACAUCACUUCCUCCAACAGCUCGGUGAACAGUUCCCUCACGAACAACCCCGCCCAAUUCCCCCUCGGCCGACCCUUCUACGCCGAUUUCACCCACGACGACAUCAUCGUUUCGGUCUUGACCUCCAUGUCCGUAGAUUACUUCCGCGAACAUCCCUCCCUUACCCAGUUUCCCCCGGAUCCGGAACGCCAUUUCAUCCUAUCGCACAUGACGCCCUUUGGUGGCCGUCUGAUAACAGAAGUCAUCGGGUGUAAUUCUCCUAACCCCAUCGCAGAGCACACUCACGCAACACAAUAUUAUCCCUCGGAAUACGGCUAUGAUCCCGCCAACGCCACGAACAAAUUCGUCCGCAUGCGCUUGAACAACGGUAUCGUCCCCCUCGACACCAUCCGGACUGGUGAAUGCCUUGGCCGAACAGACGGCUUGUGUGCACUGCCCAAGUUCCUGGCGAGUCAGUUUCAGGCGGAGAAGUUGGCGAAUUACCAGUUUGCUUGUUUUGCGAAUUAUACUAUCGUCAACCCCACUAAUGGAAACGAUUAUGAUGGGACGGUAAAUAAUAUGACCGGUGGGGUGGUGGUGGGGCCGGGGAUGAUUACGGCGGAGUAUUUGGCUAGUUUGUAG